ACAGUUACUCAAUGUGGUCAAACAAAAGCUGACAGCAGGGAAAAUGGCGGCUAGAAAGCGGAGUGUGGUGUGGUCCUUUUUUCAAGACGACUUGAGUUCGAAGAGUGCAGCUUGCAUACUAUGUGCGGAGAACAUACAACACUGUGGCAACACCACAAACAUGCUAAAGCACUUACGAUCAAAACACCAGGAGGAACUUACUAACACCACAAGGAGAAGACGGUUCGGUGAUGUAACCAGAGGGCCGAUGAGCCAGCUCGAGCCAAAACAGACUGAUGAUAUAACCGAGAACAACGCAGAAAUGCAUAUGUCUGAAAUGGACGAUCAGCAAACGGAGCAGGAGCCUUUAGAAGGGAACGAGGAGAUGGGUAGGGCCAUCAGUGACGGCAUUAACGGAGCCCUCGCCUUGUCUGUGACGAAAAACAGAAAGCGCAGCGCCGUAUGGAGAUAUUACCAAGACGGCUUCGAUAAAAACAAAGUGCUGUGCCUGGUGUGUUCGGAAAAUAUCCAUUAUCCUCAGAACACCAGCAACUUGCUCCGGCAUUUACGGAAAAAGCACCCGGGUGAAUACGGUGACAUCGAAGGCUGUCUGAAGGAGCGUUCCGGAGAGAGGGCCAGAGCGUUGGCGGGGCGGGCCCCGCACAACGGCGUCGCCGACAACGAGGAAGUAAUCCAAGUGUCCAUCAUAACGGGCGAGCCGGAGGAGCAGGAGCGGAUAAGCAGCGAGGAGGCGAGCCGGGCCGUCUCCGACAUCGUGGAGGAGGCCUUCUCGCUGUCGGUGCAGCCGAGCAAGAAGCGCAGCGCGGUGUGGAGCUACUACGAGCGCGGCGAGGACGCCAACAAGGUGCUGUGCCUGCUCUGCUCGGAGAACAUCCACUACCGGCAGAACACCAGCAACCUGCUCCGGCACCUGCGCAAAAAGCACCCGGACAAGAACGUGGACAUGAAGAGGAGGGGGGCGGCGGCGGGGGGGCCACGAGCGGCGGCGGACCGCGCCUUCCCUCAGCACGCUUUGCAGAACGACUUCAGGAGCCUGGGAGCGUGCCCGCCAGGCUUCGUGGCGCCGAUAACGCUGGAGGAGUCGGAGCGGAUGAGGAGGACCCUGGAGCAGUCGGAGCAGAUGAGGAGGACCCUGGAGCAGGAGACGCGGGCCCUGGAGCGGGAGAGGGAGCUGACCGAGCAGCUCCGCCGGGCCCAGCAGCAGGAGGCCAGGGCCCUGGAGCAGCAGCGGGAGCUGACGGAGCACCUCCGGAGGGCCCAGGAGGAGGAGAUGAAGAGGGUGCGGGAGCUGGAGGCGCGCGCCCUGGAGCAGGAGCGCCAGGCCGUGGAGCGGCUGAGGAGGACCCAGGAGCAGGAGGCCAUGGCCAUCGAGCGCGAGAGGGAGGCCCUGGAGCAGCUGAGGAGGGAGCUGGAGGAGGACCGCAAGGCCCUGCAGAGGGACUGGGACGCCGCGCGGCAGGGCAGGGUCCCCAUGGUCGGGGGGGAGAUCAGACAGGAGGCCCAGGCCCUCCCGGGGAUGGAGGGCGGGGAGGUGGAGAUGCUGGUGGUGACAACGUGAAGAGAGGAAUGAUGGGAGGAAAUACAGGAAACGGCGAGCUGGGAUACAGGACCUGAGAAAACGUCAGGGAUUUAUGCUUUUCUUUCUCAUUUCCUUUUCCCUUUUUCAGUGAAUGGACUGAAUGAACCUUGAGCACCCAGCUAACCUGCUGUCGCACUGGACCCACGUACAGCGCCACGGAACUUCCUCUGGACCCCGUCCGCCUGCCGUCACGUCCGGCUCGUUCGCCAUCGAUCGAUGCCCACCUGCCAGCGAUUCACGGACUAACCUACUUGCCGCCGAAGCUGUACAGCUUUGUGCAGAACCCGCACAGACCACUGUAGCAUCGGCCUACUCUUAGACAGCCUGCCACUGGGCAAACAGUCCUGAGAAGCGGCGAAAGCCGCAGAAUUUUGCAUAGUUUUGUUGGAUGCCCGAUGUGUAUAAAAAGCUUCUGACAUUGGUGAUUUCCUUUUCUGAAAAAUAAAUACCCUCUGUGAUUUGAGCCCCAUGAUUAA